AUACUAGAAAUGUUUCUUUACGUGGUACUCUGCGUGGUCGCCAUUAUGUUUGCAAUAUUUUUGGCCGCAAAGUCUCGCUCCUUGGCAGUAGGAAGAGUUCGAGUCGAGGCCACGCCUUUACUCCUCUCGUCACGUGAAGACGUCGACGACGCCGCCAGCUCGAUUCAAGACGUCGACGAAUUUCCAGCGACCGACGACGACUAUAUCUACAUAGAAAAUUUGGUCAUCAAGGGAUUGACGGACUUGCAGUGUCGGAAGGAGAAGGAAUGCAAACUUGUGUCUAUUUUUGGACCGGCAAGGCAAGGAAAGUCGUUUCUGCUCAAUCAGCUACGAGGAUCACGACUCUUCGCAGAGCAAGACGAAAUUCUGUCACCUGGGACGCAAGGAAUAGACGUAGGAUUUCCUUUUUACAUUGACGAUCUACCGCUAGGCAAACGCUCGAGGAGAUCGCAGUCCCAGUCACGUGACUUCCUGGUUGCCUUUGUUGAUACGGAAGGUCUCGGGAAGGAUCGUGGUGUGGCUGAUGAUGCUCGAGUGGUGGCGUCGCUUGUCAGUCUGAGCCGAGUGGCCAUUUUCAACUGGCUAGGAGGCGUCCAGAAGGAUGCCAUCCUUCAACAGCUUGGGUUACUUCUUAGGACAUUUACGGCAAUGAUGCGGGAUAGAGAGAGGCAACACGGACGUCUCGGUUACCUUCAUAUUAUUUUGAGAGACAUCGAUGGGACGUCAGCGGACGAUCACGUGGUGCUGGGUGAACGGCUUCUUCUGCCAGAGUUGGAAGACCAUGACUGCGCAGCCAAGGAGAGAAAUCAUAUACGAAAAAUGAUCAACCAGUUGUUUAGUGGAGUCAAAGUUUGGUGUAUGGUCAGACCGAGCAAUCAGAGAGGCGACGUCCCGGAUGGAAAGUCGGGUGUUUUCAAAAAGCAAGUUGACAAACUUCGAGCAGCAUUAGUGAUGCAGUUGUCGCAGAAAUCUGAGCCCAUCUCUUGCGGAGAAGUUGGCGAAAUGCUGUCUCGGUGUCUGAGAGAUUCUUCUCUCUCUCCUCAAUCGUCAUCUCCUUGGUCUGCCCAUCAGAAAGUGGCGGCUAAAGACGCAAUCAUCACGUUUCAAGAACACCUUCUAGAAUUCUCUCAGGAUCUCAGAGACAGAUUUCCGAUACCAGAGUUGCAAUUGAAGGAAGAGUUUUCAUCAGAAGCUGAGAGGCUGAGAGACUUACUGAAUGAUUCUAUUUCUAUGAUUGCUGACGACGACCUCAGGACGUCAGUAAACGAAACAGCCGUUAAGCUUUUCGAGAGUCAACAGCAGCAAGCUCUUUCGAGCAAUCGCACGGUUUCGAAGGAGCAGAUUCAGAGCGAGCUGUUGGAAGCUAAAGAUCGAGUAGUUCGUCGAGUGUCCAAGCAGUUCCAGACGGGCAGCUCCCACGUUGACCUUGACGACAGUGUUGCAUCAGAAGAAGAUCUCAUCACACAGAAUUGUUCGUGGAUUGAAGACGAAAACACAUCCCGAGUGAGAACGGAACUGGAGCAAUUCGGUACGACUUGUAUAAACGAGUUCCAAUCCACAAUCACGAAGACAUCAGAAGAUUUACUGCAGCAGAAAGACUUCGAAGCGGUCGCUCAGCAUCAAGCAGCAGUAGAGAGAGCUAGAAUGUUGUCGCAAGAGAGAGAAGAAAAUCAAAUUAAACUAAAACUAGAGAAGCAAGAGUGGGUGGAUAAGUACGAGGUUAAAAAAAACGAGCUGAAAGAGAAUCUAGGCAUUUCCGAGGACAAGAUAAUUGUUCUUACAAGAGAGAGUGCUGAAUUAGAGUCUCAACUUGUCGAUGCCGCUCAAGAAAGAGAGCGCCUCUCACAACUUUAUGCAGCAUGUCAAAGAGAAAUUCAAGUUCUCACGGAGAACGUACAACGUCUUCAAGAAGAUAAGCACAGUCUUAUUAGAACCUGCGAUAUACUGAGGGAAACGCUCUAUGCGAACAAACAGCGAGCUCAAGCCAUCAUAACAGCUCAGAGGCAGAAUUCAAAAGACGAGAUGGAAAAGAAUAAAGUAAGAGAAGAACGUUUACAAGAACAAAUUACAACACUUCAGAAAACACACGAUCAAGAAAUAAGAUCAUUGAACGAAAGGAUUAGAUUUACUGAAAUGAAUCUUUCACAAUCGAACCAUAAACGUAGAACACUUGAAGCGUCACUGGAACGGGAGAAAAAUGAGAGAAAAGCUGAUUUAGAAACACAUCGUAUGGAAGUCAGAGACUUAAAGCAAGAUCAUGCAAAAGACAAACGUCAGCUGUUGUCUGAGAUGGAGGCAAAGAAACAAGAAUUGGCAAGAUUACAGAAAAGUAUGGAAUAUUUAUUCGGUCAAUCCCGUAUGCAAAAAGCUGAAAACGACGGACUGAUGAGACAAACUCAAGAGUUGGAGGUUGAAAUCGUUACAAUAAAGGGACAACUGAAAAAGAGUCACAUGGCCUGUUGGCAGUGGCAAGACGACCAUCAUCAAUGGCAAAGUUACGAUGACUUUACGGCAGUUCAAUUGGAAGAGGUUUACACAGAACGAACGGGAACAGUCAUACUUCCCGUCGGCCAAAAUUGGCAUUACGAAUUUGAUCUGCGAGUAAUGGCCAAUAUGACACAAAGGAAUCUAGACACAGGAAAACUGAGAAAACUGAAGAGAGAAGAGAUGUCUAUUACAGACUACCCAUAUUCUUGGAAAACACAAAGCGACGAUUUUUAUCUCUCUCCAGUCGUCAUAAACACCGACGAGUACCGACGUAUAGAAGAACAGUUUGAAGCAAGCAUGACAGGCCACAAAAUCAGACGAAUCGAGCGAAUUCAACGUUGCUAUCUCCACCACGAGUACCAACUCGCCAGAGAAAGAAUGAAAAUCAAGAACGAAGGAAAAGUCAAUGAGAAACAUCUCUUUCACGGCACAAGAGCGACAAAUCCGUUGGAGAUUUACAGAAGUGACAACGGGUUUGAUGUCAAGUUCGCUCGUCAGGGCAUGUGGGGCAAAGCGAUCUACUUCGCGGAAAAAGCGUCGUAUUCACACACCUACUCGUUUGCGAUGGGGCCCCCCGACAACUGCAGACAGAUGUUUUUAGCGACCGUCUUGACGGGCCUUUGUUUCGAUGACGCGCCGACAAAUCAGUUGCGAACGCGGCCCGACUUCCGAGGCGAUGUAGUUCUAAACGCUCAGGGAAAAUGGGAUGUGUGUCAUUAUAGGUAUGAUUCGUUGAGUGGAGUAACGCGCGGAUCGAGAGUUUACGUCAUAUUUGAUAACUUGCAUUCGUAUCCGUCGUAUUUGAUUACAUACUCUUCGUUAGCUCCUGUAGUCUCUGCAUUAUACUGUAUCAGCAGAGAGAUGGACGAAGACGUGCAGAGACGGUCAGGUGGUUUGUCGAAGCUCAACCAGAUAUUCAGACGUCAGAGGAGAGAACCCGAACUUCCGUUCGACGAGCCCGACCUCGACUUCACAUACGGAGAUACAGACACAGACGAGACAGAGAUAGCCGAACUCUACAGUUACAGUGAGGAGGAAGACUUUCAGAAGAAUCAUCUCUGCUUUGUUAAAGAGAGGAAAGGACAGGCAGUUAGUGAUGGAGACGACAGCUGGAAGGAAUGUUAUGUUCAAUCCCUGUUAGACAGACUCGAGCUCACAGACGAAUCACGUCGAGUACAGGCUGCACGAUCACUUCUCUACCUCAUGCAAGGAAUGUUUUUUCAUUGCACAACAUUUGAAGAACAGCAGAGAAUGUCUCGUCACUUUAGUUUCAUUGUCUACAAGAACGGCGGAUAUCCUCAACUCGUCCAACUUCUUAUAUGUGAAGCAAAUGAUAUGGAUGCAGCUGGGAAUGCGAUUACCAAGGCAUCUAUCACUAUUGCAGACAACGAAAAUCUACGCUUGUGUCUCGGUCUUCUUUAUCAUCUCUUGGAGGGCAUGCGACAAGAACCACGCGACAUGACAGACAGUGAACACGAACUGAGGGACGAUUUUAUUAAAGACUUGGGCCAGCCUGUGUGUCAGUCCGAGAGCUUGGCUGCCAUCUUGUUUGAUUUGGUUCUCAAAUUCUGCAGUGGCUCGAUGCCUCAUUAUCCAAUCAAGAAACUUCUCUUGCUCUUGUGGAAAACCAUAUUGUUAUGUCUGGGAGGGUUCGAACAACUUUGCAAAAUGAAAGAAAAUGCCCGCGAAGCAGUCGGUCUCCCACCAACACGCACAUGGAUCAAUCACGUACAUCGGAAAGGCUCCCUUCGAUUCUAUAGCAACGAACUCGUAAACGACAGUGAAGACGCAAGAAACAGUGAAGACUUUGACGACGACACUUCAACAUACAGUUCUGAUAUCACUUCUGAUCUCGAAUCAGAGAGUGACUCCAGUGGGUCAGAGACCAGCACUGUGAUUGGCUCGAUGUCUGACGUUGAUGAUGAGCAGAUGUCUGAGAUGAAGCUCGGUGGCAACAAUUCUCCUCCACCGCUGGGUGGGGAUCGUAGGUCGGGUGGCGAGCGACGGCUGAGACUGGAAAGCGGCACGUUUGAGGAACUUCGACGUUCGAAGCCGAGACGGGAACUGCCGGGAUUACCACCCAAAGUCAGACGAAAAGACAUCAACAGCUACAUUGAAUUGACGAGAAGCAAAUUUGUCGGUUUGGAGCUCGGAGAUGAUCACUCAACGUUGGCUGGAUUACCGAAUCCGAUCCACGAGGGCGUUGCUGUUUUACAAUCUCAUGUGUAUACUUCUUUGGCUGACGUGCAGGUCAAGGAAGAAGACGUGUUCAAUAGGAAACCGUCGACAGUUAAAAUGCAAGAACGACCUAACAAUCCCACAGAAGAUCUCUAUCGUGCAUUACUUCCAUCUCUACCUCAGUACAUGAUUGCAUUGCUAAAAAUCCUUCUUGCUGCUGCACCAACAGCAAAGGCCAAGUCUGAGUCAUUGAACAUUUUGGUGGAUGUGUUGGGUGAAGAGGCACCGUCGUCCGUGCUGCAAUCGAUGCAACAGGGAAUCGAUGUCAAUAGGCACAAGGAGAUUAUAAUGAAGUCGAUCACUGCAAUACUGCUGCUAUUGCUCAAACAUUUCAAACUAAACCACGUCUAUCAGUUUGAGUUCAUGAGUCAACAUCUCGUAUUUGCCAACUGCAUCCCACUUGUGCUCAAACUCUUCAAUCAAAACGUCCCGAUAUUCAUCGCAGCAAAGAACAGCAUUCCAGCUCUUGGAUUUCCAAAAUGUCUGCUCUGUCCAUCGCCCGAAUUAACCGAGGAAGGACUGGAAACUGGUGAUGACAAGGAGGUGUGCUGGCGUAAUAUGUUCUCAUCCAUUAAUCUGUUGAGGGUCCUACAGAAAUUGGUGAAGUGGAAACACUCGAGAACGAUGAUGUUGGUAGUGUUCAAGUCUGCACCAAUUCUGAAGCGAGCUCUCAAAGUUCGUCACCAUCUCAUCCAACUGUACAUUUUGAAGCUGCUGAAGGUUCAAGCAAAGUAUUUGGGUCGCAACUGGAGGAAGAGUAACAUGAGAACAAUGUCUGCGAUUUAUCAGAGAGUCAGGCAUCGUUUGUGUGACGAUUGGGCAUUCGGAAACGAUCUGGAGGCUCGUCCUUGGGAUUUCCAAGCAGAGGAAUGUGCCCUACGAGCUUGCGUAGAGCAAUUCAACUCUCGCCAUUACUCGAAUGCCAGUCCACCAGUCGGUCUCACAUUUGUUGACCUCCUUACUGGCGACAUCUUUGACGACGAAUUAUAUCAACCGUCCAACUUUAAUGUCGUGAGUGUGCUGAGUGAAGAGAUCCCACUGAGCGACGAAUUCAAGAAGAAUUAUGAGGAAUGGCUGGAGGAUGAAAUUUUCAGCCGUGAAGUUGACUGGGACGCAGUACUCCAACAAGAGUAAAUCUCAGGCUGUACAUGUGUGAUCUGUUGUUGUAUAGAGAUGAUUUAUUGUAUUAGUGUGACAUUCCAACUGCUUUGCGUGUUCAUUACAAGCAGAUGGAAUUGGGUUUGGGCUAGGAUUUUCAUCUGUGAUGGAGUGUGCACUCCCAUUCUGUAGACAGUCGUGUAUAAAAUGUUGUGUCUGUCUGUCUGUCUGUGUAUCUCUGUCUUGUUUGUCUGUCUGUGUAUCUGAUCUGAUCUGUCUAUGUAUGCGUAUCCUGUCUGUGUCUAUCUCGUUUGUCUGUCUGUCUAUCUAUCUGUCUGUCUGUCAUCCCUGCAAGGACAAGGGGCUGGUGCAUGUCUGGAUGUCAUCCCCACUUCUGCUAGCACGCUCUAAAAACAAAUGAAUUUUCUGUAGCGUCUUACCUGAGGUUGGGAGUGGCUCUACCUUUCACCAAUUGGAUUAAAAGUGUGAUUGUGGUUAUGAUUUGGAUGAAUACGGGUACCAUCUUUUAACCUUUAAAUAUGAGGUGGACCUGUGUGGUCUCAUAAUUCAGUCUUAUAUGGGUGAAACAUUUUGGGAGGUGGGUCACAAAGGCAGAAAAUUUCUUGCAGCAUUUGCCACAACAGUCAGCAAAUCCAGAAGCCAAUUUUAACGCUUCCAUGUUCAUGUCGUAUUGGAGAAAAAGAUUGUCUACAAUUCUGCAAAGAUGCAAUGCCAAAGUUAUCCUUAAGAAAACUUUCAAAACUGUCACCUAAUCAUGAUGAUUUAGAUAGAUUAUUUGAUUUUGACAUUCAAAGUCAAGUCCAUUAGUUAAUGACUUUGUUGUUUGCAAGGACUGAUUUGUAUUUAAAAAAUCCUAGCAUAUGUACAAGUAGAAUCUGUAUGAGAAUAAAAUAUCUGUCUGUCUGUCUGUGUAUCUGUUUGUUUGUCAAUACAUAUAUUUUCAGUUUGUCUGUCUGUCUAUCUGUUUGACUGUUCAUCUGUUUGUUUGUCUGUGUGUCCAUCUGUCAUAUAUUAUGAACAAUGAUAACUACAAUAACCAUCAUCAGCAAGCUAACAAUAAAAUUCUUACUACAUGAAAACAAACCAAAAAGAUAGUCUGGUCCAACACUAGCAGUCAUUUAUCUAGCAAACAACUGGUCUACUUUGCUGAGGCUUUCUUCUUCAGUAGA